AUGGCUCAGUUUGAUGAUGUGAUGAAGAACCAAAUCGCGGCAAUACUGAAGGUUAUAAAUUUCUCAAGAUGCUUGAAAGAGGACAAAAUUCCAUGCCACAUUGAAGAUGGAUUGUUCUUAGGGUCAGUUGGUGCUGCUAACAACAAGAAUGCACUGAGAAGCAGCAACAUCAGUCACGUGUUAACUAUAGCAAAUUCCCUAGCUCCGGUUUAUCCCAACGAUUUCGUUUAUAAGGUCAUUGCAGUUGCUGAUAGGGAAGAGACCAAUUUGAGACAGUACUUUGAUGAAUGCAUCAACUUCAUCGACGAAGCCAAGAGGCAAGGAGGUGGUGUUUUGGUACAUUGCUUUGUUGGAAAGUCCAGGAGUGUCACCAUUGUUCUUGCCUACCUGAUGAAGAAGCAUGGGAUGACGGUAUCUCAAGCUCUGGAACAUGUGAAGUCGAGGAGGCCUCAAGCAUCACCAAAUGCUGGUUUCAUUUUGCAGCUUCAAGAACUGCUGAUCCAAAGCUCCUGGCAAAUCGCUCCAGUUGAUGUGAUGAAGAACCAAAUCGCUAGAGUUCUGAGGGUUAUAGAUUUCUCAAGAUGCUUCAAAGACGACAACAUUCCAUGCCAAAUUGAAGAUGGAUUGUACUUGGGCUCAGUUGGUGCUGCUCUCAACAAGAAUGCACUGAGAAGCAACAACAUCACUCACGUACUAACUUUACUGAAGUCCCUGCCUCCCAUUUACACCAACGAUAUCGUUUAUAAGGCCAUUGCAGUUACUGAUAGAGAAGAGACCAAUUUGAGAGAAUACUUUGAUGAAUGCAUCAACUUCAUCUACGAGGCCAGGAGACAAGGCGGCUGUGUUUUGGUACAUUGCUAUGCUGGAAGGUCCAGGAGUGUCACCAUUGUUCUUGCCUACCUGAUGAAGAAGCAUGGGAUGACGGUAUCUCAAGCUCUGGAACAUGUGAAUUCGAGGAGGCCUCAAGCAUCUCCAAAUCCUGGCUUCAUUUUGCAGCUUCAAGAGUACGAGCGGUUUCUUACAGGUUCAUCGUCCUGCUAA